AAUAAGGAUGGCAGAGACCGAGAAACGACACCGAUGCGCUCGGAACUCCGCCCGCCAAAGCUUGCGCCAUCAACGUGGCAGUUAUACUUUACAGACUGGAUCCAGCGCCAUCAGAUGAUGAACGGCGGUGACCGCAAGCUUAACGUCGCACAAGCGGCUAAGGAGGCCGGC